GCGAUCUGAGUCGGUCGUCACUAGACAUUCAGUAAGCUUCAGGAGAGAGAGCACGCGUAACGGCGCAUUCGAUUCUCAUUAUUUAAUCGGCCUUCGCGCUAUUUUCUCAUCGUUGUUUUUACGCUAGCUCAUCAGAGAACCACGUUCAAGGACAUGUCUGCUGCAGUAGAAAAUCAGCGUACCGUCGAAAUUGAGCUGGUGAAUGGUCAUGGCGGUGUGGACCCGCGAAAAUGGGAGGACCUGUUUUUGCCCACCCCGCUCAAGCUGGAGAACAGGCUCAGAGCCCAGAAGAUUGAAGCCCGUCUCAGCAAGUUAAUGCUAUGCGGCUCGACACUACGUAGAGUUGGAGAGGUGUUCGAGAAAGAAAUCGAGGCGGGACUCCGACAACAGCCUUCGAGUUUGCAAAUGGAAAAUACUUAUGUCCCAGAAUUGCCUGACGGAACAGAGGAAGGCUCGUUCUUAGCGUUGGAUUUGGGUGGUACAAAUUUUCGGGUCCUGUUUUUGGAGUUGAAAGCCGGACAAUUGCUCCGUGAGAAAGUGAAACACUAUCACAUAAAUGAUGCCUUACGACUGGGUCCCGGUGAAGACCUGUUUAACUUCUUAGCAGAUUGCGUGCAGGAUUUUUUGGUUUCACAAUCUAUGGAAAAAGAAACCUUCUCUUUGGGUUUCACAUUCUCGUUUCCUAUGAGGCAGCACUCGAUAUCCUCUGGAGAACUAAUCACUUGGACGAAGAGCUUCAACUGCGGCGGAAUGGACGGGGUUGAUGUGGCUGCCCUGCUGCAGAGGUGCCUUAGCGCCAGGAGUCUGGAUGUGACCGUGCGAGUGCUCCUCAAUGAUACAACUGGCACUCUGGUCGCUGGAGCUCAUAUCGAUCGUAACGUUGGAAUCGGCGUGAUUCUGGGUACCGGCUCAAACGGGUGUUAUAUGGAGCGCGCGUCACGGGUCCUCCAUUGGGAGCGUCCUCACUCCGCAGUGCACGAUGUGUGCAUCGACAUCGAGUGGGGUGCCUUCGGCGACAAUGGCUGCCUCGACUUCCUUCGCACAGAGUUCGACGACGAAGUGGACGCUAAGAGCCUGCUGGUCGCUUCUUUUACUUUCGAAAAGUACAUAGGAGGCAAAUAUCUCGGGGACCUAUUGACUUUUACUUUGAGUGCGUUGGCGCGAGAUGGUCUGUUUCCAGCUGAUCCUAAUUUCCGUAAACUGCAGACAUCGCAUGUCAGUUUGUUCGAAGAAGAGAGCUGCGCCGGCGAAGUGUCUCGCACAUUGUCAGCGCUCCGCGAAGCCUGCAAUUCAGAUUUGUUGAGCACAGCAGACGCCCUUGUAGCGCAGUAUGUGGCGCACGUUAUAUCUAACAGAGCUGCCCAACUUGUGUCCGUUUGUAUCUCGACAUUACUCAAACGUAUGGACAGGCCGUACGUGGCGGUGGCAGUUGACGGGUCCGUGUUCAAACAUCACCCUCGUAUCGCAAAGCUCAUGAAUAAAUAUAUAGCAUUGCUAGCCCCAGCUCAUCAAUUUUCACUGAUGAUUGCUGAGGACGGUAGCGGCAAGGGCUCGGCCUUGACAGCGGCUAUCGCAGCUCGUAUGGCUACAAGAGGCGUGGCGAGGUUAUAAUCGACGAAUUUUAAUUCAUUUACGUUAUAUUUCGUUCAUGAUCUUCUCAAGCCGGACGUCGCUUUCUCUUGAUUUAGUUUUACGGUUAUAAUUAUUGCUUAGAGCGCCUAAAGCCGCGUCCAGACUACGCUAUAAUAUAAUAGCAUAUAGUAUAUAGCUCAUAGCACAACAAUAUCCCACA